AUUGUAUUUACAAGUAGAAUACGUCCAAUCCGAUUGGAACGCCGGGUAUACUACUCUAACACCCUCACCAAGAAUAUCCUCCAUCUUAUCUCUAUCCCAAAACCCUCCCGUCCAAAGGUCCUUCACCUGCGUGAAAGGCAGGUGAGUGACAGGCCUAGUACUCGAGAGAGGGGCCUCGCCGAACCACCACUCAUCCCAGAAGCUAAUCUCCCCAGAACCCAAGGUCCAAAAAAUGUGCUCCUGAGCACGUCUGCCAACAAUGGUGAGCCGUCUCCACUGUCGACUAUCCCGAGCU